AUGGAAGUGCUCGAGCUCUGGAAGCAUUUGGAGGAAGCGCGGGAAGUGGCAGCGGCACCAUUGCUUGGCGGACGUGGUGCUGAUGACAACGCAUACUUUACCCUCUACACAUGUGAUUCUACGGGCUGCUACGGCAACGAGAUGGACGACGAUGACGAUGGAAGUGUGUCGACGCUGCUGCAUGCUGCGGCGCGGGAUGGCGAGAUGGACGUGCUGUUCUUCCUGGUCCGUGUCGCCGGUUGGUCUCCCUCGACGAGGGACGCCUUUGGUGGAACGCCGCUGCACGAGGCGAUGUUCUACGGGAGGACGAUGGCGGCGACGUGGCUGAUUGGCGAAGGCGCCAAAGUAGAUGCCGUCGACCGGGCCGGGAACACCCCGCUGCAUCUUGCCGUCCUUGCGCGCCAGUCCAAGUGUCUGCGACGGGUGCUCUCCGACUGCGAAUCCAUCCCGCGCGCGGCGCUUGUCACCGUCGCCUCGGACGAGGGACGGUCGGUCCUUGAUCUCGCUCGUGACAUGCAGCUGUGGAGCGUGGCGGCAGUCAUUGCCGGCUACCUCGCCGAUCGCGAGACUGCCGAGGUACUCGCCAAGGAGCACACGGCGCCGGACGCGCUGCCGCUCACCAUGGUGACGCCGACCGAGGUGGCAUCACUGCCAGCGCGGGCAGCGCGGGCCGCAAGCGCGCUGGCCGAGCGCUGCGCCUUCAGUGCAGGUGUGCUGCUCCUCGGCUUCUACCUUGCUGUCCUCCACCUCCCGUUUGUGGCCGCUCUCUUUGGCGUUGUUCUCACCGUCGGUGCUGGUGUCAUCAUCGCCUCCCACCUCGGGCAGAUGCCGACGGCGGCGACACGGUACGUCUUUGUGGUGCUCAACAACAUCGGCUUUGCCUCCUCGGUCGCCGCCCUCCUCAGCUACCACAACGAUGACGAGUCAGGUGCCAUUUCGACCGCGCCCGGCUUUGUCGCUACCGCCCUGGUCUGGGCAGCGUACGCCACGGCGUGCUUUGCGGACCCGGGCGUGCUUCCGCCGGCUGAUGCGGGAACGAGCGACGAGGCGGCGAUGGCGAGGUACGUGCAAGUGCUCGAGACGGCGCCAGACUCGGUCAUGGGCUUUUGCAACACCUGCCGCAUCCCGCGGCCGAUCCGGUCCAAGCACUGUGCCGACUGUGGGGUGUGCGUCGACGUGUUUGAUCACCACUGUGUGUGGCUGGGCAACUGCGUGGGCGCCGGCAACCAUCGCGCCUUCCUGCUCGCCAUGGUGCUGUACGAGGUGGCGGCAAUGAUCGUGCUCCCCAUCGAGCUCCGCAUCCUCACCUCGGGCUGGUGCACCUCGUGGCUCGAGCUCCUCCCGCACAUGCUAGAGUCGCACCCGCUGCUUUUUGGCCUCUUCACCUGCCAAUGCUACGGCGUCAUCUUUGUCAUCUACCUCGUCAUCCCGCAGAUCGUCUUUGUUACCCGCAACGUUACCUUUAACGAGACCGUCUCGGGCCGCCGCUACAACUACCUCCGCGAUCCCGAGUCGCGCACUCCGCUCAAGCCCUUUGCCUUUGGCAACCUCGUCAACUCGUACAUGUUUGCCGUCGCCGCCGACCGCAAGUCCCGCUCUCCACUCGCCCCGGCCUGGCUCAUUGCCCUCCAAUCGCGCUUCCCGGCCCUGUUUGCCCAGCGCUAG